ACACAGCGCACAUCAGAGUGAGCAGACAGUUUUUAACGGAGUGUUUCUGGAGGGAAAGUUCGUGUGAGUCAGUGAAAAUGUCUAAAGUCCAAACGCUGAGAGUUGUUGUGAAGCAGCGACUAACUGCGGCUGCUGAAGAGAUAUUUGAGCUGUUUGAAAGAACGAUAGCAGAGUACGAGGAGGAACUGUGUCGACACCGGAAACUACUGGACGCUGUUCUGAAGCCUCAGGUCCAGUUACACAGAACAGACAUCCAGCAGCUGUUGGAGUGUAAAGAAGAGGAUCCUCCUGAGCAGCAGGAGAGGAGCUCCAGUCUGGACCAGCAGGAACCACCAGAGCUGCCACACAUUAAAGAGGAACAGGAGGAACUCUGGACCCGUCAGAAGGGAGAGCAGCUGCCAGGGCUGGAGGAGGCUGAUAUCAAGUUCACACUCAGUCCUGUCUCUGUGAAGAGUGAAGAAGAUGAUGAAGAGAAACCUCAGUCCUCACAGCUUCACCAAAUCAAAACUGAAGAGUUCAGAGAUGUAGAGCAUUUUAAAACAGAAGCUGAAGGAGCGUUCUGUGGAGGACCAGAACCAGAACCAGUCAAGGACUCAGAUCCAGAUACUCAUUCACAACCAGCUGAUGACAAGACGUCGCACUCCUUCACAUUCAGUCUUGACACUGUAAAUAGUGAAGAAGAUGAAGAGAAACCUCAGACCUCACAGCUUCAAACUGUACAGAUGGAGACAGAAGCUGAUGGAGAGGACUGUGGAGGACCAGAACCAGCCAGGACCAUUAAUUCAGUUAGUCAUUUACAACCAGUGACUGUUGAUGGGACGUCACACUGCUCUGAACCCAAGACUGCUGACAAGGCCCCUGAACCUGAGACUGAAGACAACGCCUCUGAAUCUGACACUGAUCACAGCAGUGAUUGGGAGACCAGGAACCCUCAGGUUUAUUCAGAGCAACAAGGUUCCAGCUGCUCAGUUUGCAAAAAAACUUUUCCAAGCAGAUCUGAUGUUGUGAAGCACAUGAGAACCCACAAGAAGGAGAAAACAUUCAGGUGCUCAGUUUGCAGUAAAACAUUUUCACAGAGUUCACAUCUGACUUCACACUUGCUUGUCCACACGGGGGAGACACCAUUCAGUUGUUCUGACUGUGGUAAGAAAUUCAAACAAAAGUCAUCUUUGAAUGUACAUUUAAAACUUCAUGCAGGAGGAAAGCCGAACACAUGCUCAAUUUGUAAAUCAAGUUUCAGUUCCAGAAGCAAUCUGAAUGCACACAUGCGCGUCCACAGUGAAGAGAAACCAUUCAGUUGUUCAGUUUGUGGUAAGAAAUUUGCACGAAAUGGAACUCUGAAACAACACUUGACUACCCAUGCAUAGGAGGAAUGAUACAGCUGCAGAGUUUGUAACAAAAGUUUCACUCGCCGUUAUACUAUAAAAAUACACAAGUGUGGUGGUGUUUAAGAAAUGGUCUGUGAUCAAUGUGCUGUAAAGACAGGAGCAGGAUGUGAGAGGAGGAGGGGAGACUGUCAUGUUGCUUGAGGUGUCAGAGAGCCACAUGUGGGGGACAAUUGCUGUCCCAUCUGUUGCAUCGAAGAGACACUGUCCUGGGAAGGACAGGAAACACCCAAACAUCAAAGCAUCAUUCUUAUGUAAAGAAACCUGUUUUAUGACUGUUGUAAAUGAAGGUAACUUCCUACCUGUUCUGUACUUAAGUGUUAACAUUUUAGAGUUUGGGAGAGAACGCUUUUGACUUCUCUCCACGCUGCGUGUUAUUAAAGAGAUCUGAUUCAUAUGCUGAAGUCUGAAGUUCUUCGGAGACUUAGCAAAUCUCAAUCUCACAAAGGAGAAUUUCCACUACAGGUGACUGCAGCCAAAAUGCAUCAAGUGACAGAUGCUUGUUGGUCCAGUUUUUCCAGCAUGACUGAAGGACUGAGGGCAACACUGAUCAGUUAAAACUGUGAUACAGAUGACAAAAGAGGACGUGCUCCUUCUUUUAUAUCAUAGAAAUUUCGGUGUUAUAUUCUGUGUUUCAUGUACCAGUUUAUUAAAUACUGUAGUAUUGAUAACCUCCAAAGUUAAACAUUUUUUUUUUAUCUAUACUUUGUAUUGUUUAGCUGUGUUUUAUUAUCACGUUGAUGCAUGUUGUUGUUUUCAUUCUUAUUAAACUUGAUAUUUUAAGUCUGUUUCCACAGAGAUAUGUUUGAGUUUUUUGUGAUUCUGCUGUUAAGAUUUGAAUGUUAACACACACCGCCAGGAUCAAUGUGAAUCCAGCCACUGUUGUGAAUCUACGUCGACGCAUGCUACGUAAACCAACGGAUUUACAUAUUCAAAUACGUCGAUUAUGUCCUGUAUCAAACCAACCGUCUUCAUAUUGUAAUUAAAGAAGCCGAUGUGAACAUAGAACCAAAUGCAUAAGGAGUGACAAUAAUAAAAGUACUGAGAACAUCAUAUGAA